AUGGCUUCUAACCAGUACGACUCGCAGGCCUCGACGAACUACAAGGAGGCGUUUUCGCUUUUCGACAAGCGCGGCAAUGGCCGCGUCGCACUCGAGAGCCUCGGCGACCUGCUUCGCGCCUGUGGUCAGAACCCGACCCUGGCCGAGAUCCGUGACUUAGAGAAGAGUGUUGGGGGCGACUUUGACUUCGAGAUGUUCCAACGAGUACUGAACCGGCCCGGCGGUUUCCGCGACCCCGGCGAGCCAGAGGAAUACUGCCGUGGCUUCCAGGUGUUUGACAAGGACAUGACGGGCUUCAUCGGUGUCGGCCAGCUGAAGUACAUCCUCACCAACCUCGGUGAGAAGAUGACCGAAGAAGAGGUGGACGAGCUCCUCAAGGCCGUUGACACAAGCUCCGGUCAGGAUGAGAUGUUGAACUUCGAGGCGCCAACAAGACGUAGUGUAGAAGCCGCUGACAGUCUGGACGCAUCCUGGAGUCCCCGACUACAACAGAAACCCCUUGGAGGCGGCUACGGUGCUCUCUCGACCAGCCCAGCGCUGGGUACUCUGACAUUCUCGUCUCCAGCUUCUUUCAUAACUCGCCCGCCCUCCAUCGAUAUGGCCAAGUACGCCAACCCCCCGCAGCCCCCGCCCCUCUUCACGGGCACCAAGGAGAGCAUCGUGGCCGACGCCAAGGCCCUAUGCGACAGAACUCGCUCCCUCCUGGACUCGCUCGUGGCCAACAUCAAGCCGGACGAUGACCCGGCCGCGGCUACCUUUGACUCGGUCGUCCGGCCACAGGCUGAGGAUGAGAACCAAAGCUCCCUCAGCGCCCGCAUCCUGGGCUUCUACCAAUAUGUCAGCGGGGACAGCGCCCUACGCGACGCGAGCACCGAAGCCGAGAAGAUCAUGGAUGAGUUCGGUAUCGAGUGCAGCAUGCGCGAGGACGUCUUCCGCCUGGUCGAUGCCGUGUACAAGAAGUCGGGGCUUGCAGAGAGCUUGGAGAAGGACCGGGAGCGUUUGAUCGAUGCUUCCAUGGCCAAGACCGCUGGCCUGGAGGAUGUCGAGAGUGCGCGGCUCUUGGAGAAGGAGCGGAAGAGCUACAUCAGGAACGGUCUUGGCCUGCCAGAGGGCCCGCAGCGGGAUCGGUUCAAGGAGAUCAAGAAGAGGCUGAGCCAGAUCCAAAUUGAGUUCCAAAAGAACCUCAACGAGGAAAACAAUGGCAUCUGGUUUACCAAGGAGGACCUCGACGGCGUCCCCCAGGAUGUUCUGGACACCUUGGAGAAGGGCACUGGGGAGAACGAGGGCAAGCUGCGGCUAACCUUCAAGUACCCGGAUCUCUUCCCCACGCUCAAGUUUGCGAAGAAUCCAGAGACUCGCAGGAGAGUGUUCAUCGAAAACGAAAACAAGUGCAACCAAAACGUUCCCCUGUUCAAGGAAGCCAUCCUUCUUCGUGAUGAGGCUGCUCGCUUGCUCGGCUAUCCUGACCAUGCCUCUUUCCGUAUUGAGGACAAGAUGGCCAAGACGCCAAAAACCGUGCUCGAUUUCCUUGGAGACCUCAAGCAGCGACUGGCCGCCGGCGGCGAAAAGGAGAUUGAACAUCUCCUCCAACUGAAGAAGAAGGAUCACGAGGCCCGCAAUUUGCCAUUUGAUGGCAACUACUACCUUUGGGACCACCGCUUCUACGACAGGAUGAUGGUCGAGCAGGAGUACAGCAUCGACGAAAACGCCAUUGCCGAGUACUUCCCGCUCAAGUCGACUGUGGCAGGAAUGCUGCGCAUCUUCGAGGAAUUGUUCGGCCUUGUCUUCGUCGAGCUGACGCCCGAAGAUCGCAAGCGCAUCUCCCCUACCGGAAACGCUGAAGAUAUUGCUUGGCAUCAAGACGUUAUUAUCUUCAGUGUAUGGGAUGACGCAAGCGAAGGAGAUGGUUUUGUCGGUUAUCUCUACCUGGAUUUGCACCCGAGGCCGGGCAAGUACGGUCACGCAGCCAACUUCAGCCUGCAGCCGGGCUUUUUGAAAGCGGACGGCACAAGGCGCUAUCCGGCCACGGCGCUUGUCUGCAAUUUCAGUAAGCCUACUGAGAAGAAGCCCUCGCUUCUCAAGCACGACGAGGUCGUCACUCUCUUCCACGAACUGGGUCAUGGGAUCCACGACUUGGCUGGUCGGACUCGAUAUGCACGCUACCACGGCACAUCGACAGUGAGAGACUUUGUCGAGGCUCCCAGUCAGAUGCUAGAGAAUUGGUGCUGGACGCCCAGCCAGCUCAAGAGCCUGAGCAGCCACUAUGAGACAGGCAAUCCGAUCCCUGAUGACCUCAUUGAGAAGCUCAUCGCUACUAAACAUGUCAACGACGCUCUUUUCAACUUGCGGCAGCUGCACUUUGGUCUUUUCGACAUGACCGUGCACACGCCCAAGAGCCACUCCGAGCUGGAGCAACUGGAUGUCAGCAAGCUGUACAACGAACUGAGAGCUGAUAUCUCGAAGAUCAAGGGCCCAGAGGCUCUGGGUGAACCAAGCACUUGGGGUAAUGGGCAGGCCACUUUCGGGCAUCUCAUUGGCGGUUAUGAUGCGGGAUACUACGGUUACCUGUCCUCACAGGUGUACUCAACAGACAUGUUUUACACCGUCUUCAAGAGCAACCCCAUGGAUCCCGUCCAGGGCCGCCGUUAUCGACACACGGUGCUUGAGAAGGGAGGCUCGCAAGAUGAGAUGCUCACGCUUGAGCAGUUCCUGGGCCGCAAGCCCAGCUCUGAAGCGUUCUACAAGGACUUGGGGCUGACAAUGGAGGUGGUCUCGAAAUGA